UUCACCUCCUCCUCCUCCUCCUCUGUGAAGAAGAUGCUGGCCACCAGCGGAGGUAUAAGGACGAGCCUGUCUCUGUGGAUUAUUCUCCUCUUCAGCUCGGAUGUGUGCGCCAGGAAGCAGCGCGAGGACCCUGAUGAUGAUGCUGAGACCUGGUCGGAGGGUGUUUCCAGGGCGACGUGCUCCUCGCGCUGCCUCAGUCUGCACAGUGUGGCCGCGCGCUCCUCUCCGCUGCAGAAUAAUGGAUCCUUGGGCUGGUGUCACAAUCAUAAACAGUGCGCAAAGUGCCUGGAGCCCUGCAAAGCUUCCUGGGAGAUGAAGAGGAAAAGCAAUUGCAGAGAGCUGUGUGAGCGGGUGUUUCCCAAGAAGCACUGGGAGUGCGUGACCAGCUGUGAGUUCCUUCAGUCCGUGUUGGCGGUGAAGCAGGGCAGAUGUCCGCCUCCAGAAAGAGCCAGCGGCUUCGAAGCGGCCUGCGUGGAGAGUUGUGAUCACGACCGAGAAUGCUCCGGUCCGAAGAAGUGCUGCUCCAACGGCUGUGGCCACACCUGCCAGUCUCCCAAAGACCUCUACAAGGGUGCUCCUCUGAAGCCGAGGAAGGAGCUGGGCUUUGAAGAACUCUCGUCUGGUCAGCUGGAGGUGCGUUGGUCCUCCCGCUUCAACAUCUCGGCCGAGCCCGUGGUCUACAUCCUGGAGAGGAGGUGGAACUUUGGCAUCCAGCCCAGCGAGGACACUGCCACCUCCUGGCAGGUGGUUGCACAGACCACCGAGCAGGGAGCGAGGCUCUCUGACAUCCGGCCAGGUCGCUGGUACCAGUUCAGAGUGGCAGCCGUCAACACCCACGGGACCAGAGGGUUCACCACGCCCAGCAGACACAUCCACUCCAGCAGAGACCCCUCCAAUCCUCCAGCUCCCACCGAGCUCAGAGUGGCCAACAUGAGCUUUGGAAGCGGCAGGUCGGUGUCGGCCAGGCUCCAGUGGAGCACGCCUGCAGACCUGGACGUCCCCGUCCACCACUACAAGGUCAGCUGGAGCUGGACCGCACUCGGACAGCCCUCUGCUUCGUCGCUGACCAAGAGGAGGAAGACAGUCAGAGAGACCCAGGUGGAACUGGACAGCAUGCGGUCCAACAGGAGCUACAGCGUGGAGGUCCAGGCUGUGUCUUAUUGGGGACAAACUCAGCUGAAAGGACCCCGAGCCAUCCUCCACUUCAGCACACAGCGCACCACCACCACUGCUGCUCCGAGGAUCCCUGCAGGUGCCAGUCUGGAUGUGGGGACUCCAUUCUACCAGGACGGACAGCUCCGCGUUCAUGUUUACUGGCAGAGCAGCACGGAUCCCUCAGUGGACUUCUACAGAAUCCAGUGGGGACCAGAGUAUUGUGGACACAACCGGACGAGACCCGCGGAGAAGACCAGCACACAGGAGAGCUUUGUCAGCCUGCAGGGUUUGCUCUUCUCCUGUAAGUAUAAAGUCCUUCUGCAGCCCGUCAGCAGGAAGAGUCAUCCUCUGCUGUCAGAGAGCACCAGCUUCUUCACUCCUUCCUGUGCCACAAUCCAGGCCAAGAGCCCCAAACCCAUCACCUGCUCGGGAGAAACAGCGACGCCCCCUCCGAAGGUCCUGGUGAAGGCGGCCAACCUGACAGCGUCCUUUGAGGUCUGGAGCAUUAACGUGACCGCCAUCUUUAGCUGGGAUCUGUCCACAGCCCCGUCCAACCAGCAGCUGACAGGUUACCAGGUGACCUGGACGGAGGUCGUCCCCACCAACCGCCACAACAACUACAAGCUGCCUCACAGCCUCAUCUCCCAGUCCCAGAUCCUACCCCCGGAUGGUAACGUUCUGGUGGUGUCAGGCCUCCACCUUGCCAGUGUGUACAGGCUUGAGGUCCAGGCCAUCACGGCAGACGGGGAAGGUCCUGCAACCAGCCGAACCUUCCAGACUCCAGGACACCAGAGCACCCUGAAGCACAGACCCAGGCUGAGGAAGCACCACCACCACAAACAGCCAAUCAUUGAGAGGCACUGAUCCCAGACAGUCAAUCAGCCUGCAUGAACCGAGUCUCCCAAAGUCAGGAUGAUGAGGAAUCCACAGAACAGUGAUCAGUAAUGACAGCCUCACCAGCCUCAGGAUGGAGAUGCAUUCUCCAUAGCAACCGUUUUAAUCUCUCCCAGUGGACUGUUAAAAGAGAGGAAACCAUCACUGACAUGACUGGCAGCCUUUACUGGCCUCUUUAUUUCACCAUAACUGUUGGACUGCUUUAGAGGACAAAACCACAGGAGCUUCUUUUUUGUAUCAUUUUCAAUACAGUUAGAAUUUGUAUAUAUACUAGAAUCAAACUGGAACACAGAUUCACAAACACCAGACUGGCUGCCAAUCAUCCACCAUGAUCUCAUUGAUUUUGCACUAGCAAUACAGAGGUAUCCCACUUUAAUGAAUCCCCAUUCCUUAGGACUAAUGCUAGAGUAAAGUUCAUUUACUGCAUUACUCGGAAACAGCAGGAACGCUGUAUCUAGUUAAAGAAGUCGUACUUCCCUUUGACUCUAGUUUGUGAUAUGUGGGUGUACACCAUCAUAGCAUGUUUUAUUACCGUAAGGCUAGGUAUGAUCCAAUCACAUUAAUACAUUACCCAAAGUUUAGUACCAAUACCUAAAGAAUGACAAUUUUACACUAAAAUCUGAUCUGACAUCUGCAAAAAGAAGAACUCUCGCGAGACUUGCUGCUCGACAACCCAUCUUAUCCUUAACCAUCCGAGGUCAAUGCUGAACCUGAACAAUCUUGCGAGAGUUUCCCCAGUUUGGUGAUUCCCUUCUGGAUUCUACCCUUGGAUACGAGUCCAGCAACAACCAUUGACCGUGUGAUUUGGAUUUUAACACAAUCAGCUGAACAAGAAGUUUUCCUUAACUCUGGGAUCCUAGAGACCAUAUUCCACAUUGUCUUACCGCCUCGAUACUUAACUUUUCCCAAUUUUAUCAGAACUAUACGCAUGGUUUUGAAUUUGAAUUUGAGUUCAAGUCCACUAUACAGACAAUUAUGCAAAAGUUGUAUUUGGGCUGAACACUACCCAUAGAGAUGCAGCUGUGUGUAUCAAAGAGAACAGAGACAAUGACUACGUUUACAUGCACAACAUAUUCAGUUUUAUUCCCCUUAAAAACGCUUCAUUCAAACUGGACAGAAACAGAAUAAAACUCACCUAAACCGUCAUCGUUACUCUUUCCAACAAUCACCAAGUGUGCUUUGGUCGAACUCAACUGUAAUUUCUAUAACUCUCUGUCUCUCUCUCUGAAGGAAAGAGGUGGGGUCAUGCGUCAUCAAUGCGUCAUCAGUUACACUGCAAUAUGUGUCAUACCCUGAGGUUUUAAUGUUCUGGCUGAUCGUAAAGCUUAAAAAAAUUCCUGAAUCCGGACCUGAAUCGGAUCGCCACUAAAAUCGAAUGGAUUGUUCAUUGUGCCACGCCCCACCCCUCCAAAAAAUUUCAUUCAAAUCCAUUGUGGACUUUUGAAGUAAUCCUGCUAACGGACAAACCAACGCC